GGAGGUCGGUGGUUCGAUAUCGUACCCAAUUGUCAUGGUGAACCGGACCACCACCACCCCUUUCUAUAUCACAAUCCCAGAGACCUAGGGUUCGAAAGUUCUUCGCUUCAAUAGUCUUCCAGAACUCGUAAUCUCUGUUCGAUUUCACCUAAUUCAAACUCGAGAAAGUUCUAAUUGAUCGCAAUUCUUUGCAGAAUGAAUAAACCCUCAUAAACUGCAUGAUGGAUGUCAAGGCAUACACGUUGGGGCAGGUAUGCAACCAGGUUGCAAGCCAGUUUGUGAGCAAUGAUUCACACCUUCCCCAGCUGCGUGAGAUUGAUUUUCAUCAACACUCCAUACAUGGAGAUUCUCUAGCUGAUUGGUACAAGGAUCCUAGAAUGAGUCAUGUUAAUGAAUUUUUCAAGAAUAAGACUACCAAACAUUCUAUGCAGAAAACAAACCGUGAGUGGGGACAGUGGACAUCUGGUCAUGUUCGUGUCUCUCAAAGUCAGCUAUCUGUUGAUGGUGCUUCAAAGGAGUGCAUGAACCAGAAGAUACCGCCUCGUCGAUUGCAAUUGCAAAACAUGAUCCAGCAUGAAAUAUCUGGUGCUAGCUUCUCCAGUCAAGUAGCCCACUGUCUUACAUCCCCGUUUGUCAACUCAAAUUCACCAUACCCUGUGGUUGAUUACUCCAUGGUUGUUUGGAAUAACAGUAACACAUUGCAGACCAAUAAUGUUAAUGACUCUAGCUUCUUUGAAGGUAGAUCAUUUGGCUCUUCCAAGGGAUCUCCUUGUGAUGGUUAUAACCGGGGAGUUGCCACUACAUUCAUGGGCACAAGGCAUGUUGCUAGUGGGAUGGUUCCUUCUCCUGAGAAAAUCUCAUCCAUCACAGCAUGUUCUGAUGCGGAUAUGCAUUCUGAUACUGGACCUUUUGAUGGUGCACCAACUUUUCCUAGUAGUAGCUUACUAUCUGAGUCAUCAUCAGAAAACUAUGUCCAACAGAAGCAUCUUAAUGAGGGUGAGUUGAAUUUGAUCAAACAUGAAGGUUUCAUGGAGAAUAAUCAGAAUGUUUAUUCGGAGAGGGUUCCAUUAUUUUUUAGGGAAAACUUGGAGUUACCUUUUCCAGACUUGCAGAACCUGCAGAAGGAUGCACAGAGGAUUCCUGAAGCAUCUGAUAUUUUUCCUCGUGCAAAUUUAGAUAUUUCAAAACCAACUUGUGAGGAUUUAUUGGAACCCAAGCUGCAGAUGCCAGGGUCUCAUCAGUUCCAUCAGCAGCACCAAGAUGAACGUUUGAAUGAGAUAGCGCCGCGGAAAACGUCUAAACAGUUGUAUCUUUGUUCAGAACAAUCACAUGGUGUUAAACAUGUUUCUUCAGAAAGUUAUGCAAUCCUUUUUGGUCCAACUGGAGCUGCCAAAGUUGUGCAUUCAAGUGAUCUAACGUUUAAAACAAUUCUAGUUUCUUAUAUGAACUACAAGAGAAUGAAUGUAGAUGGAAAUCAAGUUUCCUUUAUGAAACAUAUGCAUGCGACAUUAUGUAAUGAGAGCACAUGCUACUGUGACCAGUAUUCUGAACUAGUUUCCCAUUUUGAUAACUGUCAUUGUUGGGAGUGCAACAUAUGCAAGCCUGUCCGAAGGUUUUGUGUUACUGGUAAACCUCUCGGGGGAUCUAGAAAACAAGGAAAAGUUCACUUUGAGGGUUCCUGUGACACAGAUUUUAGUUGUACUCCUGUCCCUACUGAAGAUAAUCUGCCUCCUCCUAAACGUCUGAAGAUAGGGAAUCCUGGUUCCUUAGAAACUGGUGUUUCUUAUGUAGUUGCCUCUUCAAAGAAUCAACCUUGUGAACCUGAAAAACUCUCACACUUGCAGCAAUUGCCUGAUGCUCCUGUAUCAAAUAAUUUAGAUGAAAUGGAGAUUAAAAUGGGAGUGUCAACUCCCCUUCAAGACUCCAUAAGCACUGCUAGUUCAAGUAGGAAUAAUGUUACAGAAACUGCACAGAGGUCUGACUUAAAGGGUACACCCAUUCAUCCUGAAGAGUUCAUUGGUUGUUCUAAAGAAGGGGAGACAGCCCAUGAGUGCAUUAGUGAGGUUAGAAACAAUGUCAUGGAUAAUUUUAAAAAAUCUGAAGAGCUCAUUGUUGAUCAUAAAGUGGAGGAGAGAGAAGUCAGGACCAAGUCUGACCAGGCAAACCUAGAGACAAAAAGUAAUUUGAUUGCACCAGCAGCUAAUUCAGAAACGAAGAUGGAGGAGCCAAAGAUAAUGGGUGUGUCUUUGAUUGAGUUUUUCACAGUAGAGGAAAUGAAGGAACAUUUAUUGAGUCUCAGGCAGUGGGUUGGUCAGGAAGUAAAAGGAAGCCCAAUGGCAUAUUCUGUUGGUGAAAACUCAUGCCAGUUGUGUGCUAUGGACAAGCUUGUGCUUGCCCCAGCACCAAUAUAUUGCUCAGCUUGCGGGGCUCGUAUGAAAUUCGGUAUGGUUUAUUAUUGCGGACUUGAUGAGAUGGGUACACAGCAUUGUUUUUGCACUUCAUGCUUCAAGAAGUCUCGUGGUGGUGAUAUCUCAUUUCAUGGCAUUUCCGUUUCCAAGGAAAAGCUUCACAAGGAAAAGAAUGACCAUGAAGAUGAAGAAUCGUGGGUUCAAUGUGAUAAAUGCAAAGGCUGGCAACACCAGAUAUGUGGUCUCUACAAUGAUAAAAGAGAUUUAGGAGGAAAAGCAGAGUAUAUUUGUCCAAAAUGCUACUUAGAAGGAAUAGAAGUUGGAGAGCGUGUGCCCUUACCAAAGACUGCUGCUUUUGGAGCAAAAGAUUUGCCAACUACUAUGCUCAGUGAUUACAUUGAGCAAAGGCUCUUUAGGCGUCUCAAUCAAGAGAGAGAGGAGAGGGCAAAUUCUUUACAAAAGAACCUUGAUGAGGUACCUGGAGCAACAGAUCUUGUUGUCAGAGUGGUGUUAUCUGUCAGUAAACUAUUGAAAGUGAAGCAGCAAUUUUUAGAUAUUUUUCAUGAUGAGAACUACCCGACAGAGUUCCCAUACAGAUCAAAGGUGAUUCUUUUGUUUCAGAAAAUUGAAGGUGUAGAUGUUUGCCUAUUUGGAAUGUAUAUCCAGGAGUUUGGUUCAGAAUGUGGUCAACCCAAUCAACGUUGCGUAUAUAUCUCAUAUCUCGAUUCUGUCAAGUACUUUAGACCCGAGAUAAGAACUGUGUCCGGUGAAGCUCUUCGUACUUUCGUUUACCAUGAAAUAUUGAUAGGAUACCUUGAUUUUUGCAAGAAACGAGGUUUUGCAACCUGCUAUAUAUGGGCAUGCCCGCCUUUGAAAGGAGAAGAUUAUAUUUUGUAUUGCCAUCCAGAGAGUCAGAGAACACCCAAGGCUGAUAAACUGCGACAGUGGUAUAAGUCAAUGCUAAGAAAAGCAGCCAAAGAGAAUAUAGUGGUGCAUUGCACUAAUUUAUAUGAUCAUUUCUUUGUUCCUACUGGAGAAUGCAACAUCAAGAUAACUGCAGCUCGUUUGCCAUAUUUUGAUGGUGACUAUUGUUCUGGUGCUGCUGUAGAUAUGAUUAAAAAUAUUGAACAAGGAAGUCAAGUAGGUUCACAGAGCAAGGGGAAAAAUGUUCUGACAAAGAGAACCUUAAAAGCUAUGGGACAUACCAAUCUUUCUGAUAAUGCAACCAAAGAUAUUCUACUGAUGCAAAAACUGGGGCAAACCAUCUUUCCUGUGAAGGAAGACUUUAUCAUGGCCCAUUUACAAUUUACUUGCAUGUGCUGUCGUGAAAUGAUACGAUCUGGAAGCCGAUGGUAUUGCAAUGAAUGCAAAAACUUUCAGCUAUGUGAAAGAUGCCAUGAUGUGGAGCAAAAUCUCAAUGAGUGGAACACACACACUUCCAAUACUGGGGAAAAACAUUUUAUCUCUCAGGUUGCAGUAAAUGAUGUGCCCAUUGAUACGGUGGAUACAGAUGUUAUUCUGGAUAAUGGUUACUUUGAGAAUAGGCACUCCUUCUUGAGCUUUUGUCAGGGGAGUCAUUAUCAGUUUGAUACACUUCGUCGUGCCAAGCAUUCCUCAAUGAUGAUUCUUUUUCAUCUCCACAACUCAACAGAGCCAGGUGUUGGGGCCACCUGCUACAUUUGCCAUCAGGAUAUUAUGGUGAACCAGGGAUGGCAUUGUGAGAUUUGUCCAGGGUUUGCUGCUUGUGAUGGAUGCUAUCAAAUUAAAGGUGGUGAUUUUCAUAUUCAUAAGUUAAGUCAACGUUCAUCCAUCAUAAAUUGUGGGGCAAAGAAUAGACAGGCUCAGCUGCACAAACAUAUGCCGAUGAGGGAAGCCCUUGAUGUUCUUCUGAUGCAUGCCUCUCAAUGUAAUGCGACCAAAAUCAAACCCUGCUCCUAUCCAAACUGCCUUCAGGUGAGAAAGCUCUUCCACCAUACACAGCAAUGCAAUCUUCGGCUUGCUGGGGGUUGUCAAGUCUGUCAGAAAAUCUGGAAGCUGCUGAAGGAGCACUCAAAAAAUUGUAGAGAUUCUGGUUGUGGAGUACCGCGCUGCAUGGAUCUGAAGAAGCGUGCCGAACUGCUUGCAUCACAAUCUGAAACUCGCCGAAGAGCUGCGGUUGUAGGGUCACUAAGAGAUAGCUGAGAAGAUAUUGUUAUAGAUUGAUCAUUGUCAGCGACCAUUUGUACAGUCAAAACAGAGCGAGAAUUGUACAGUUAGCUAGCAGGCUUAGACAAAAGUAUGAGUCACCCAUUUAUAUCAGAUAUUAAGAUGGAUUAUCCAGAUAAGGAAUUCGUUCAAUACAUACCAAGUUUGGAGAGAGAUUUGGUGUACAGACGAAAAGUAGUAAUUAUUAUUUAGUUUUGCACCAAACUACAAUUGUGUAUAUCUUUCUUGUGCAAGAAUACAUUUCAGAGUAGUUUGUAAAUACACCUUCCAUUUUUUCCUUCUAGAUUUUUAUCUUGGUUUGGUUGUGUAGUUUAGUCAGGUACAUAUUUUGACAAAUUCAUGUGGAAUAAUAAAUUUGAAGAGAUCCAUUUUUGCUA